AUGGCAUCUUCAAACAUCCAGCCAGGCACAGUUGAGCCUCCCAUCGGCAUCGAGCGAUUGACCAACACACAGUGGGAGAAGCCGGAGUACAAGCUGCCUCUUCCAUCGCUUCAAUUCCUCUUCCACCUCGAAUGUGAUAUGGAGUCUUUCCAUCACAUUGGAAAGGGCCCCCACGGUGACAGGUCCACUGUGAUAUUCAAAGGUGGUCGUUUUGAAGGGCCCAAGCUGAGAGGCGAGAUCCUUCCCGGCGGUGGUGACUGGGAGACUGUGCAGGAUCACGAUGGAGACCAGCAAACCGCCCAUUUGGAUACCAGAUACAACUUGAAGACACAUGACGGUGCAAUGCUCUAUCUGCGUACAACAGGAACGAGGACAGGCAAAAAGGAGGUCCUUGAGAAAUUGGGAGAAGGAAACAUCGGUCCUGAUCAGUUCAGAAUGCGACUGCAUCUGACCUUCGAGACUGGUGAUGAAAGAUACACUUGGCUCAACUCGGGUGUGUUCAUGGCGAGCUCCGGACGUGUUGGCGACAUGGUCAUCUACGACGCAUACCAAGUUCUUUGA